CUGGAACCUCUGGAACCUGUAUCGAAAGAAGAAACUAAUCAGCGUAAGAGAAGGCGGAAGACUGGUGAUAAACAGAAGAGACAUUUCUUGCGAAAUGUCGCCUUAGUGGCAGAAGCCACGGAGAAGACCAUAGGCGAAGAAAUAGUUGACGUUGUUACAAAAGAUUUCUACAAGCGAGUAGAAGGUGUCAGUUUUGAGAUCUUGGAGGAAGUUCUUGCAGAACUUCGCCACGAACUUGAGGAACAGAAACGGAAUGAGGCUCAAGAAGCUUUGCGCGCACAAGCUCAGAUUGUUACGCAAGAGAAACCCAGUGAUGUUGCUCAGUUCUGCAAUCCUCUUGAUAGCCUAAAUUCCACCCCAGAGAAGCUUGGUGCAUUUCCAUUCACUAUCAACAUGCCGAAAUUGCCGAGUUUCCGAAGGAAAGUUCGCCCACCAUCACCAGAAUCUGAGUCUGACACUAGAAGUCCGCUUAUUCGGAGACGUGAUGAUGACUCUGAUAAUUCGGAUGCUGCUCAUAAGAGUUCGUCCAGCAGUCAGAAAUCUUCUGAAUCGUCUGACGAAGUUGUGGUACACAGAAAGAAACGCGUGCAACGGUUACAUUCUUCGUCUUCUGUCUCUGGGUAAGU